UUCUUCAGCUGAGAAACGUCACCUUGAGCCAGUAGAAGAGAGAUUGUAUCCUGCUUUGUCGUUUGACGUGGAAAGAAUCAACAACAAUAAGGUCCAUGUCAACAACAAAGGGUUCCUGGUUAAUAGUAAAGUCUCCCAAGACAGGAAACUAGGUCAGUAUAUUGGGACAACGGCUAUUACUCCUCUACCCAAAGACAAAGUCAGCUAUUGGGAGGUGGAGUCAGACUUCAACGUGGCUUCUGAAAUGCAACAACAUGGCCUACUUAUGGAAAUAGGUGUGGCUAGGGGAGCAUGCCUGGACAACAGCUACUGCAUGAGUGGGCAGAAAGGAUCCAUGUGUCUCGUCAUCUCACACUGCUCUACACACAAAGGAGUCUGUGCAAAGAUCUGGAGCAAUGGCCAGAAGAUGAGAUGCUACGAAAACGUUUUGUCGACCAGUCCAGGAACAUCUGACACACUGAGACAUGGGCUUCUGUUUGACGGUACCAGGAACACCCUCACUAUAUUUGACCUCAACACCAUAGCUGAACUUGUGACACUAGACACAGAAGAACAGGCAGAUGACCUCUGGCCCGUGUUUGGAGCAUACAACUCUUCCCUUGCUGCUGUUCAGAUUAAGCUGGUGUCAGGAAAAGAAAUACAAUUACCACUGUGGAAGAAAUCGUUUUUGGAGAGAGCCAUGGCUUUUUCGGUAGCUAGACAGUAGUACAACAGAAUUAGCAACACUGCUUAUAACGCAGAUGUUUAUCAUCGGUGAUCAUCUUUGAGUUAUCUGUACUAAUAUGUGACACUGUUUUAAGAAUAUCAACUUCCUUUAUUCUAACUCUAUUCACGAACGAAAUACCUUUGAAUCGUCUUGACAAAGAAUAAAAGAAGUUGCUAUCCAUAAAAUGUGUCAUGUAUUCAUGUUCUUCAAACUUCUAAAUGCCUAUUAAAGACUUUGUACUAAGUUUAGCAUACACAUCACUGCAUGCUUCAAUCAUCACCAUUGUAAAUUAUUUAAUGUGGUUAUCAAGUCAGGAAAUAGUAGUAAUCACAUUAU